CGCACAAUUUUCAAAAUGUUGAAUGUAAUAUACAAUGACGACAAUUGGAAAUUUAUUUUUCCAAUUUUAUUCAAUUUCGUGAUGUCAGUUACCGUGUAUUUUUUAACUGUACGUUUGAUACCGAGAAUAAAAAAUAUGUUUGUCAAAGCUAACCUAUAUGGCAUUGAUAUGAAUAAGAAAAGUGGUGAAAAAGUGCCCGAAGCUUUAGGUGUUGUCACUGGAUGUCUUUUUCUUAUAACAUUAUUCUUGUUUAUUCCUGUACCAUUUACAAAUUACAUAUUCAAUGAUACAAACUUUCCUCACAGUGAGUUUAUGGAAUUUUUGGCAGCUUUGCUCUCAAUUUGUUGUAUGUUACUUUUGGGAUUUGCUGAUGAUGUUUUGGACCUUCGUUGGAGGCACAAAUUAUUAUUGCCAACUAUUGCUUCUUUACCACUUUUAAUGGUGUAUUAUAUUAAUUUUAACUCUACACUAAUUAUUGUGCCAAAACCCUUAAGAUCGUGGUUUGGUUUUUCGGUGGAUCUUUGGAUAUUUUAUUAUUUAUAUAUGGGAAUGCUGGCAGUAUUUUGCACAAAUGCUAUAAACAUAUUAGCUGGUAUAAAUGGUUUAGAAGUUGGACAAAGUUUAGUAAUUUCGAUAAGCAUCCUGUUAUUUAAUAUAAUAGAGCUAUCAGGAGAUCUGUGGAAAGCACAUCAAUUCUCAUUAUAUUUUAUGCUUCCAUAUAUAGCUACAUCAUUGGGCUUAUUAAAAUUUAAUUGGUAUCCAGCAGAGGUAUUUGUGGGCGAUACUUUUUGUUAUUUAUCUGGAAUGACGUUUGCCGUUGUUGGUAUCAUCGGACAUUUCAGUAAAACAAUCUUAUUAUUUUUCAUUCCACAAAUAAUUAAUUUUCUUUAUAGUGUACCGCAAUUAUUUCAUUUUAUACCAUGUCCUAGACAUAGACUGCCAAAAUACAAUAAAAAAACUGAUAAGUUACAGAUUAGUACUACAGUAUUUAAUAAGAAAGAUAUUGGCUCUCUAGGUAAAUUCAUAGCAUGGAUAUUUAGAAAAUUAAAUAUAAUAGAAUGGCAAGAAGAUGACCACGGUAUUGUUACUUGCAAUAAUUUUACACUAAUUAAUUUCGUGCUUAUCAAGACUGGACCAAUGAAAGAACCUACACUUACAUUAAUUUUGUUACUAAUUCAGAUUGCUAGCAGUUCAUUGGCAUUUCUCAUAAGAUAUCCUCUUGCUUCAAUCUUCUACGAAGUUUGAAAAAAAAAUAUGUUCAAAAACUGCAAAGUUUCAUACUUUAUAUAUUAUUUUAUAAUGAAAUGAUUUGGAAAGUAUUUCACCUGAAAUUUAUAUCAUGAUUUACUAAUAUUAUUAUUAAAAAUAUUAUUAGUAAAAAAUAUUUAUAAAGUUGACCUUCAUACGCAUUUACCUACAGAAAACUAAUAGUAAAAUUUCUUUUUUCGAAGUGAUUCAAUUUUUAUCUAAACAUUUUUCGCUGCGGAUGAUAAUGAUAAUGAUGUAAAUCAAUUUGAAAUGAGAAAUUCUGGAUAAUUUCGCAUAAUAAUCUUUUAAUAUAAAUGUACUUUUAUGCUUGCAUUUAUUUAUAUGGCGGUUAUCUCGCAAUUAUGAAAAUAUUAUUUUAUUGUACUAUUAUCACGAAAUAAAACAUGUUCCUUUACUAUU